CGAGUCGUAAUCAACAGCCGUUUCGAAGUUUAGGCCCAAAAUCGCAAAGUCCAAAUCAGCGUUAAGUCGGUUGGCUACGCUAAUCACUAUAUCUCCACCUCCAAACAAAUCUAUAACUCCGCUUUCCGGCCUUCUUCGAACUCUCCGACAUUCCCUUUCUCUUUUCCCUUCAUCAUCUUCACCAAAAAAUCCAAACACUGAUACCAAGGGGCCACCGCCACGCAAGGAAAAACAGCCCGAUAAAAGGAUGGACUCAGUUCUCCAUACGGAAUCCUUCUCCUUCACGCGUCUACGCGCCACUUCCACCUCCACUGCUUCCAUUCACCAUAUGCCUUGCCAGCUCAUCUUUAGCCCCGUACACCGCCUCCUCUUUCCCUUAUCCACCGUAUCCGCUGGUGCUGGUUUUCGCAGGUCAUCCGCUUCCGUUGUCGCCUCUAGCGGCACUCUCACCGCCAAUUCCGUUUCCCAAAGAGGUGGAGUAUAUACAGUUGGCGAUUUUAUGACGAGAAAAGAGGACUUGCAUGUGGUAAAGCCAACAACAACUGUUGAUGAAGCACUGGAAACUCUUGUUGAACACAGAAUCACUGGUUGUCCUGUGAUUGAUGAUGAUUGGAAAUUGGUUGGACUUGUUUCUGAUUAUGACUUGCUAGCCUUGGACUCUAUAUCUGGGCGGCGGACUGAGAACGACUUGUUUCCUGAAGUUGAUAGCACUUGGAAAACUUUCAACGAGUUACAGAAGUUACUCAGUAAAACCAAUGGCCAGGUGGUUGGCGAUUUAAUGACACCAGCUCCGGUAGUUGUACGUGAAACAACUAACCUUGAGGAUGCUGCUAGAUUAUUGCUGGAGACAAAAUAUCGUCGACUUCCUGUUGUUGAUGCUGAGGAUAAGCUGGUCGGUAUUAUCACAAGAGGGAAUGUCGUAAGAGCUGCCCUUCAAAUAAAACGUGAAACCGAAGGAAAAGCAUAACUGGAGAACAUCAUUCUCAAGGAAUUUGAAGCUUUCAAUGCAGGAAUGAAAAUUUUUUUGGUAGCCUUUCUUCAUUUAUCAAAGGAAAGAUCGAAGAAAUGAGAUUACGUGCAUAAUAUGUUCAAUUUCAUCCUGUGUUUAUAUAAUUUACAUUAAUAACAUUUUAAUUAUAAAACUAUUUACCAUGAUUAACACAUUGGGAGCGCAGAAUUUCAUGUCAAUGCCUUUAAUCCGCCACAAAUGCAUGAACUUUUAUUCUAGUGUCUGUUUUUUCGAACGCAGCUUGUAUAUUUGGACAUGAAAUAAUGUUGUUCAGACACCCAUUGGUUGAUUGUUGAACCAAAAUUAACAGCUGAUGCUUUUUGUUC